UGCCCAUGGCCGACGCGGACGGUACCGGGGGUGAGCGGUGCCAGCGGCAGGGCCUUGGGGACGAGCCCGAGGGGGACGCGGAGUCACCGGGUUCCGAGCUCGGCGCUUCGGGGGACUCUGACAUGGAGCUGCUGCGGAGCCUCCUGUCCCGGACGCUGGGGCUGGGCGGGGAGAAGCCCGAGAAGGUGCUGGAGGAGCUGACGCUGGAGGGAGUGAGCCGCUUCCUGCGGAGCGAGAGAUGCAAGAACGUGGUGUGCAUGGUGGGCGCUGGGAUCUCCACGGCCGCAGGGAUCCCCGACUUCCGCUCGCCCGGCACCGGCCUUUACUCGAACCUGCAGAGCUACGACCUCCCCUACCCCGAGGCCAUCUUCGAGAUCAGCUUCUUCAAGGAGCACCCUGAGCCUUUCUUCGCCCUGGCGCGGGAGCUCUACCCUGGCCAGUUCAAGCCCACGCUGUGCCACUACUUCAUGCGCCUGCUGCAGGACAAGGGGCUGCUGCUGCGCUGCUACACACAGAACAUCGACACGCUGGAGCGGGUGGCGGGGCUGGAGCCCGAGCGGCUCGUGGAGGCUCACGGCUCCUUCUUCACCUCGCACUGCCUGCGCCCCGGCUGCCGGCGCCAGUACGGGCUGCCCUGGAUGAGGGAGCGCAUCUUCUCCUCGCUGGUGCCCAAGUGUGAGCAGUGCCAGGGCCUGGUGAAACCCGACAUCGUGUUCUUUGGGGAGAGUCUCCCUUCUCGCUUCUUCACUCUCCUGCAGUCGGACUUCCAACAGGUCGAUCUGCUCAUCAUCAUGGGCACCUCGCUGCAGGUGCAGCCCUUCGCCUCCCUCGUCAGCAGGGUCCCCACCAACACCCCCCGGCUCCUCAUCAACAAGGAAAAGACAGGGCAGAGUGACCCCCUUAUGUCCCUCAUGGGCUUUGGCUGUGGCAUGGACUUUGAUUCAGACAAGGCUUAUAGGGACGUGGCUUGGCUGGGGGAGUGUGACCAGGGGUGCCUGGAACUGGCGGAGCUGCUGGGAUGGAAGAAGGAGCUGGAGGAGCUGGUGAGGAAGGAACACGCUGCCAUCGAUGCCAAAGCCACCCAGGGGGGCAAAAGCAAGGCCGAGGGGGGCAGCCAGGACCCCCCACCAUCACCUGGGGGGGGCACUGACCCCCCCCCAUUGACCCAGUGGGGCUGUGGCAUUAAAUGGGGGGUUCUCAGCACUGGCUGUUGCCUUUUUGGAGGUCUGGGGGAGGGAAUGAGGGGUUUGGGCCCCCCCCAGUCCUGGAGGAGGCGUCGGGCGGGGGCGGAGCCCGAGUGCUGCACCUUGAAGAAGGGCGGGGCGCCGCAUGGACAGGCAGCGCCUAUACCCAAUCAGCUCGGUGGGCGGGCGGACAGGCGCCCCUUGCACCUAAUAGAAGGCUGCAGUGCAGUUGACGGGCAGAGAAGCGGGCGAAUUAGCGCGGGCUCAUCCGGCCGACGAGCCCAAUGGCGGCGGAGAGCGGGGCCGGUGGCGGAGCGGAGCCAAUGGGAUGAGAGUCUCGCCUUGAGUGGCAGUGGGGCGGGCCAAUAG